CUUGUCUGGUAAAAGGAAAUGGAGAAUGGAGAGCGAGCAACGGAAUUUGCCAAAAUAUGAAUAAAAAACACGUCACGCAGAAAAAAAAAUCGAAAAGGUUAUCAAUAUGAUUUAAAUUACUGAAAGAACUUAUCGAACUCCGCCCAAAUAUGAACGAAAAGUCGAAAAUCAUAAAAAACCUCGUCGCCUUAGCUUUCGGACACUUCCUGGUCUUCACAGCUUUCGACUCCUUGAGCAACCUCCAAAGUACCGUCAAUCAAAAGGGUGGUCUUGGCAUCGCCUCUCAAUCUGUGAUUUACGCCUGUUUCACCAUCUCAUCCUUUUUCCUUCCAACCUAUUUCAUCAAGAACUUCGGCUGCAAGAAGACCCUCAUCAUAUCCGUCUUCAGCAUCUGUCCCUAUGUAGCAGCAAACAUGUACCCCACGUGGUCGACCCUCAUCCCCUCUGCAGUGCUAAGUGGACUAGCGUUUGGCCCACUAUGGGCGGCUAGGAGCACCUACGUCAACGACAUUAGCUUCCAGUACUCGGGCUACACGAAGGCUUCCAUCAGUGUGGUCAAUGCCUGGUUUUUCGGACUGUAUUCUUUCUUCCACGAAAAUGCAGAGAUUUGGGGAAACGUGAUAUCUUACACAGUUCUUAGAAAUCACCAAGAUCUUGACCAUUUUGAAACUAACGAAACAUCAUAUUUUUGCGGUUCCGAUUACUGUCAGAGUGGAGUGGUAAUUGAGAAUCCGAAUCUGCAACCACCAUCAACAGAAAAAUGGAAUACGCUUACUUUGAUUUAUCUUUGUUUUGUGCUCGUCGCUGGAAUUGUCGUAAUGUUCGUUUUGGACCCUCUUCAGAGCGACGACUCCAGCAAAGACGAAUCUUCUGACAAAGGUUUCUCUGCCGAUUUGUUAAUUGCUACAUUGAAGCAUAUGAAAAAUAAGAACCAGCUGCUUCUUGUACCAUUGUCGUUUUAUUGUGGUCUUGCUGACGGCUUUUACAACAGCGAUUAUACAAAGUCCUACGUGGCCUGUGAAUGGGGCAUCUCACAAGUGGGCUUUGUGACCACUUGCUAUGGAGUGGUAAGUGCUGUGAUGGAUUGUUCAUCAGGUCUUCUCGUCAAACAUCUGACGCGGGUUCCUGUCUUCCUGAUCGCCGCUGCAUCUCACUUCUCCAUGUUUAUUGUUCUCCUCGCCGUCAAGCCCUCUACCGGCAACUUCUCCGUCUUCUUCGCGCUGUCUGGAAUCUAUGGAAUUGGCGCUAGUGUCUGGUGGUCGCAGAUUACGGCAUUCUAUGGUGUUAUAUUCAAAGAAAACGAAGAAGCCGCCUUUUCUAACUUUUAUUUCUGGAGCUCUUUAGGAUUUUCAAUUGCGUAUGCCUACAGUGACUCUCUGUGUACCUACGUGAAGAUUUAUAUCUUGCUGGUGCUUCUUAUUGUUGCAAUUGUGUUUUAUGUAACUGUAGAAUUAAGUCUUCAAAGGAAUAACACAAUAGAAGAGAAAAUGCAAACGCAAGUAAUACAAUAAAGAUUAAAUAAGUGGAAAUAUAUAACAAGUAUUUCAUUGCUCAUUUUAUUGUAAUAGAAAGAGUAAUAAAGGAAUUCCCGCUGUG